AUGAAAGGCCUCGCUACUGUCGUCUUCCUGGCAUCAACGUCCCUCGUCGCCAGCCAGCUCAUCCGCACCCCUCUUCUCGAUACUCGACGAUCCCCGCAGCACCGUGACCAGAAACCCCUCAACAUGCCCGUGGUUCCGCCCUCCAACCCUUCGGAUCCGCACCCUCCUCCCGGACAGGGUAGUGUCAUUCUCUCCGAUGUUCUGAAUCGAGAUAAGAGCAUCAACAUUUUUGCAGGAUUUACGCAUGACAUCGAAACGGCUGCCAAUCGUCUUGACGAUUCAGGCAAGAAUACAACUAUCCUUGCGCCCCUCAACUCCGCGGUCGAAGCCCUCCCACGCAAGCCUUGGGAGGACCCUGAAGAUUACAACAGACUGGGCACAGAUGCCUAUGUGGGCGACGAUGGUCAGGAGAGGGCUACACGGAACCUGCGGCGCUUCGUUGAAGCGCACUUGGUCCCUGUAAGCCCCUGGCAGGAAAACCAGAAGGCCCGCACAAUCGGCGGCGAUCGCGAGGUUUGGUGGGAGAACAAGGACGGCACCAAGUUUAUUCAACCAGGCAAUAUUGAAGUUGUCAGCAUCGCCAGUACCGUCGCCAAUGGCGAAGUGUGGAUAAUCAAAGGCGUCCGCAACUACGCCGUGUAA